GGAGAGGCGGGGGCAGCGGAGCGGACAAGAUGGCGGCGCUGGCGCGGCUGCUUCUAACCACUCGUCAUACAAGCCUGGUUGCUGUCAGAUGGGCUUCUAAGAAAAGUGGGGGCAGCUCUAAAAACCUAGGAGGCCGCAGCCCGGGGAAACGCUAUGGGUUCAAAAAAACCGAAGGUGCAUUUGUCCAUGCAGGAAACAUUUUGGCUACGCAGCGGUUGAUCCGCUGGCAUCCCGGCGCUCACGUGGGGAUGGGUCGAAACAAGACACUCUAUGCCCUGGAGGAUGGGACUGUGAGAUACACCAAAGAGGUCUAUGUGCCCCCACCCCGCAGCAGCGAGAGCAGGGAUGUGAUCUGCCAGCUGCCCAAAGGAGCAGUCCUUUAUAAAACUUUUAUCAGUGUUGUCCCUACCACAGAGGUAGGAAGCUUCAGACUUGUCACCAUGCUGUGAACCUGCUGUGUCAUGUGGGCACAGAUGGAAAGGACAGACCACUACAGCUAUACUGGCAUCUGAGGACAAGACUGGCUCUGAAGAUACUGUUUUAGGACUUGGUUUUGUUCCUGAAGUGCUUGUGAUCUGUGUUCAGGCACUGAGAUCACCUGCUGGCAUUUUUAAGAGUGUUUAAUAAAUGCUGUGGGGCAACUGAA